AUGGCAAGCAUGGCUGCAGUUCUGGCCUGGGCUCUGGUCCUCCUCUCAGCGCUUUCAGCCACGGAGGCACGGAAAGGCUUCUGGGACUACUUCAGCCAGAGCAGUGGGGACAAAGGCAAGGUGGAGCAGCAGCAGAAGCUGGCACGAGAGCCCACGAGCCUGAAAGACAGACUUGAGCCAAACCUCAGCGAUAUGGACAAGUUCCUGGAAAAGUUGGGCCCUCUGAACGGGCAGGGGAGGGAGCCUCUCGGGCUCCCACGCGACCCGGUGGGGAUGUGGCAGCAGCUGCAGGAGGAGCUGGAGGAGGUGCGGGCGCGUCUGGAGCCCUACAUGGCGGAGGUGCACGAGCGCGUGGGCUGGAACCUGGAGGGCCUGCGGCGGCAGUUGCAGCCCUACACCGUGGAGCUGAUGGAGCAGGUGGCCCUGCGCGUGCACGAGCUGCAGGAGCAGUUGCGCGUGGUUGGAGAGGGCACCAAAGCCCAGUUGCUGGGGGGCGUGGACGAGGCGCGGGGCCUGCUGCAGGAGCUGCAGAACCGUGUGGCGCACCACACUGGCCGCGUCAAGGCGCUCUUCCACCCCUACGCCGAGCGCCUAGUGUCCGGCAUUGGGCACCACGUGCAGGAGCUGCACCGCAGCGUGGCGCCGCACGCCAUCGCCAGCCCCGCGCGCCUUAGCCGCUGCGUGCAGAUGCUCUCGCGCAAGCUCACGCUCAAGGCGAAGGCCUUGCACGAGCGCAUCCAGCAGAACCUAGACCAGCUGCGCGAGGAGCUCAGUGCCUUUGCUGGCGCCCGCGCUGACGAUGCGGAGGAAGUGGCUCAACCGGAUCCCCAGGUGCUGUCCCAGGAGGUGCGCCAGCGACUCCAGGCUUUCCGCCACGACACCUUCCGGCAGAUUGCCGCCUUCACUCACGCCAUUGACCGAGAGACCGAGGAGGUCCAGCAGCAGCUGGCGCCGCCUCCGCCAAGCCACAGUGCCUUUGCCCCGGAGUUCCUCCAAGCCGACAGAGGCAAGGCCCGGGGCGAGCUGCAGGCCCGCCUCGACGAUCUGUGGGAAGACAUCAACUACAGCCUUCGCGACCACAGUCCGGGCCAUCGGGGAGAGCCCUGA